AUGCUAGAAAACUACCGUCUCAACAUCUCCGACUGCGCCUACAUCAGCGCCCACUUCUGGCCCUAUGACGCCCAAAUGAACGUAUUCCCCGACCCUGACUCAUUCUUGGGAAUCGCCGUCAUGUGGUGUAUUCUGGGUUCCUCAAUGGUCAGUGUCAUCUACUUUGCCAUACGCUGCUAUCGUUGGUUGUCAAGCAAGUUGAGUGACAUGGAAUCCAUUUCGGAGUCGAUGAAGUCUCUCCAGAAGCAAUUGUUCCACGCGUUAAUCGUCCAAUCAGCGAUCCCACUCUUCCUUAUGUAUAUCCCCGCUGGAAUGGUCUUUGUGUUCCCUAUGCUCAAUACGGAACUCGGUUUGAAAUACCCGUUUAUUGGAAUCACUAUCGCUGUGUAUCCAGCAAUCGACCCACUUCCCACUAUGCUUAUCAUCCGGAGUUAUAGAAGAGGAUGCGUGGAUUUGUUCAGAAAAUUCACGUUUCGGAGGAGGAAUCAAGUUUCGGUUCAUUCGAACCUCCAGUCGACGACUGCGUUCGAUGCGCAGAAGAGUGAUAUUCUCACUAAUUGA